AACGCGAUCGUUGGCGUGUGUGGAAUAAAAUUAUACUGAAAUCAACUUUAAAAUAUUUAAACUCCGUCCUUAUAUUUAAAAUGAUGAUCCAAUUCGUAAUCGUUGCGCUUCUGUCAUUUAACAUAUUAACUAAUUCAAAUGCUUACGAGGAUGUUGUGGAGGAAGAGUCAAACAACACGCUAAAAAGGAUUACCAAUAUUGAUGAUAAUUGUGUGGAUGCGAUCUGCAAAGAUUUUAAAUUUGAAAAUAUUACCGAAGUAGCAUUUUUCGAUCUUAAAGCUGAAGUUCGUAUUAAGGAUGAGUCCACCUACGAUAUUGUCGCCCGGAAAAAUGACAAAACUUUAACCUUCGUGAAUUCGACAUUUGCGCACUUUCCACUCAAUAUGUUCUAUACAUUUGACCUUGAAGAAUUGGACUUGAGGCAUUGUUCUAUUGAAUCGGUUACUUGGGAAUGUUUCGUUAUGGCUGAUAAGUUAACAAUUUUACUUUUAUCGAAUAAUAAAAUUAAAACAAUUGAUAGAUUCACAUUCAACUAUGCUUCCGAAUUGCAAUUUCUGUUUUUAGAUGAAAACAAUAUACAUACAUUACACAGCGAAACAUUUAAAGGUUUGACGAAAUUGAAGUAUUUGGAUUUGUCUAAAAACUCUUUAAAAGAUUUACCGGACAAUAUCUUUCAAUGUUUGCCAAAAUUAUUUGAUAUCAAAUUACAAAACAAUCAAUUAACUAAUAUUAGCAAUGAAAUGUUUGCAAAUAACUCACAAUUACAGACAAUAGCUUUAGCUAGGAACGAUUUGAGUGAUAUGGAUGAAUAUGCAUUCAAUUCGCAACAAGAUUUAAUAUUAUUACUCAUUUCUCAUAAUCCAAAACUGGAGGCUAUUGUACUGAAUUUACGCGCAAAUAAUUUGGUUGCUACAAAUUGCUCGCUGAACCGUGUCAAUAUUUAUGGUGCCAUAGAAAAUGCCGAUUUCAGCGACAAUCGUAUUACUGAACUAUACUUCACAGAGCCAGAAAAGCUUGAAACUCUGAAUUUACGGAACAAUAAUUUAGAACAAAUAGCGUCAUUAACGAGAGCAACUAAUUUACGCACUUUAAAUUUGAGUAAUAAUCCAAGUUUGGGACCACAGACAUGGCCAGAAUAUUGGAUUGCAAAUUCGCUUGAAAGACUCGAUCUCAGUAAUACAAGUCUUACCAAUCUGCCAAUCGAUGCAUUAGCCACACAAACAAAUUUACGUACUUUAAAUUUAUCGUACAACAACUUAACUGCAAUUGAUCCUCUCAGCUUCAGAUACCUAAAAAAUCUACAUCAUCUUUACAUAAAUGCAAAUAACUGGAACUGUUUCAAUUUGAAUAUGAUUAUGAAUGUGUUAAUUCUACCCAAUGGUAUUAGCACCACAACUGACGACUACGAUCCAGAUUUUCCAGGAGAAUACAUACACGGCAUUGCUUGCAUGUAUCGCGCUGACAAUGAGAUCGAAAAUGAAGUAAUGAAUUCAAGUGAGGGUAUGAAUAGUUCAAAUGAAGAUAGCAAAAUACAAAAGUCAGAACAAUUGAAAGCAUCUAGUCUUACAGAACAGAAGGAGAUAGAAAAAUUACGAAAUGAAUUAAAAGCUAUAGUUCGCUUUUAUGAACAGAAAUUUGAUACUGCAUUUGCAAUGAUCAACGAUUUGAAUGCACGUUUAUCUGAAUUCGAACGGCUGAAUAAAACACUUUGGCAACAUGUCACAAUAUCUGUUUAAUAUACGUUAAAUACGUAAGCACAUACGUAUACAGAAUUAUAACACUUCUUUACAUUUGAUUGAUAUAAUUUUUUCAUAUGUAAUUUAUAUACAAAUUUAAUAAAGAAAUAUGCUUUGCACAAUAGAA